GGAGGUGAUGAGCUGACAGGCUGACAGAAACCAUUAACUUCACAUUUCAAUCCCAGUUUUCCUGUAAAAGCCACUGGGUGAGAUGCCCAUCCUUCUGGAGGCAGUGAGUACGGCAAGCAAGGAAGAAAAAAACUUGGUUGAAAAGAACCCAAAAAGAAGGUGUGGUUUUUCGAAUUCUGAGUCUGAAAAAGUAAUCACAGUGACCUGAAUUUGCAGCGAUGGGGACCUGCCACGUGGACCUGUGGAACGCUGAAAUGUUCCUCUGGGAAUGACCUCUGGGCUUUAAGAAAUUACAAGGAGAAAAGCUCGUGGAGAGGAUAUUUAUUUACUUGAAAACAGUGACCUAUUAGUACACAUCUGGAAGUUCAGCAUGCUUCGAGCCUUCGGCCAGCCCACUGCGCCCCCAUACCAGCCGCUUCCCAGUCACCCCAACACUGGAGCAGAGGUGAAAUUUAAGGGCACUCUGGUGCAUGAAGCUCAACUCAAUUGCUUCUACAUCCCACCUGGAGGUUCCAACUAUGGGAGCCCGCGCCCAGCUCACGCCAACAUGAAUGCCAAUGCUGCUGCGGGGCUCGCCCCUGAGCACAUCCCUACGCCGGGGGCCGCCUUGUCCUGGCAGGCAGCCAUUGAUGCGGCCCGGCAGGCCAAGCUGAUGGGCAGCGCCGGCAACGCGACCAUCUCCACGGUCAGCUCCACGCAGCGGAAGCGGCAGCAGUAUGGGAAGCCCAAGAAGCAGGGCAGCACGACGGCCACGCGCCCACCCCGCGCCCUGCUCUGCCUGACUCUGAAGAACCCCAUCAGGAGGGCGUGCAUCAGCAUCGUCGAAUGGAAACCAUUUGAAAUAAUUAUUUUACUGACUAUUUUUGCCAAUUGUGUGGCCUUAGCGAUCUAUAUUCCCUUUCCAGAAGACGACUCCAACGCCACCAAUUCUAACCUGGAACGAGUGGAAUAUCUCUUUCUCAUAAUUUUUACUGUGGAAGCAUUUUUAAAAGUAAUAGCCUAUGGACUUCUCUUUCACCCCAACGCUUACCUCCGCAAUGGUUGGAAUUUACUAGAUUUUAUAAUUGUGGUUGUAGGGCUUUUUAGUGCAAUUUUAGAACAAGCAACCAAAGCCGAUGGGGCAAACGCUCUGGGAGGGAAAGGAGCUGGAUUUGACGUGAAGGCACUGAGGGCAUUCCGCGUGCUGCGCCCAUUGCGCCUGGUGUCUGGAGUCCCAAGCCUCCAGGUGGUUCUGAAUUCCAUUAUCAAGGCUAUGGUGCCCCUGCUGCAUAUUGCCCUGUUAGUGCUGUUUGUCAUCAUCAUCUACGCCAUCAUCGGCCUGGAGCUCUUCAUGGGGAAAAUGCAUAAGACCUGCUACAACCAGGAGGGCAUAGCAGAUGUUCCAGCAGAAGAUGAUCCUUCCCCUUGUGCUCUGGAGACAGGCCAUGGGCGGCAGUGUCAGAACGGCACUGUGUGCAAGCCCGGGUGGGACGGGCCCAAGCACGGCAUCACCAACUUCGACAAUUUUGCCUUCGCCAUGUUGACAGUGUUCCAGUGCAUCACCAUGGAGGGCUGGACAGAUGUGCUGUACUGGGUCAAUGAUGCCGUAGGAAGGGACUGGCCCUGGAUCUAUUUUGUUACACUAAUCAUCAUAGGGUCAUUUUUUGUACUUAACUUGGUUCUCGGUGUUCUUAGCGGAGAGUUUUCCAAAGAGAGAGAGAAGGCCAAAGCUCGAGGAGAUUUCCAGAAGCUUCGAGAGAAGCAGCAGCUAGAAGAGGACCUGAAGGGCUACCUGGACUGGAUCACCCAGGCAGAGGAUAUUGACCCCGAGAAUGAGGAUGAAGGCAUGGAUGAAGAAAAGCCCCGAAACAGAGGCACUCCAGCGGGCUUGCUUGAUCAGAAGAAAGGGAAGUUUGCUUGGUUUAGUCACUCCACAGAAACCCAUGUGAGCAUGCCCACAAGCGAGACCGAGUCUGUCAACACUGAAAACGUGGCUGGAGGUGACAUCGAGGGAGAGAACUGCGGGGCCAGGCUGGCCCACCGGAUUUCCAAAUCAAAGUUCAGCCGCUACUGGCGCCGGUGGAAUCGGUUCUGUAGAAGAAAGUGUCGUGCUGCAGUCAAGUCUAAUGUCUUCUACUGGCUUGUGAUCUUCCUUGUGUUCCUCAACACACUCACCAUUGCCUCAGAACACUACAACCAGCCCCACUGGCUCACGGAGGUCCAAGACACGGCCAACAAGGCACUGCUGGCCCUUUUCACUGCAGAGAUGCUGCUGAAGAUGUACAGCCUGGGCCUGCAGGCCUACUUUGUGUCCCUCUUCAACCGUUUCGACUGCUUCAUUGUGUGUGGGGGCAUCCUGGAGACCAUCCUGGUAGAGACCAAGAUCAUGUCUCCCUUGGGCAUCUCUGUGCUGAGAUGUGUCCGGCUACUGCGGAUAUUUAAAAUCACAAGGUACUGGAACUCCUUAAGCAACCUGGUGGCAUCCUUGCUGAAUUCUGUACGCUCCAUUGCCUCUCUGCUGCUGCUCCUCUUCCUCUUCAUCAUCAUCUUCUCCCUCCUGGGGAUGCAGCUCUUUGGAGGAAAGUUCAACUUUGAUGAAAUGCAGACCCGGAGGAGCACAUUUGAUAACUUUCCCCAGUCCCUUCUCACCGUGUUUCAGAUCCUGACCGGGGAGGACUGGAAUUCGGUGAUGUAUGAUGGGAUCAUGGCUUAUGGCGGCCCCUCUUUUCCAGGGAUGUUAGUCUGUAUUUACUUCAUCAUCCUCUUCAUCUGUGGAAACUAUAUCCUACUGAAUGUGUUCUUGGCCAUUGCUGUGGACAACCUGGCGGAUGCUGAGAGCCUCACGUCUGCCCAAAAGGAGGAGGAAGAAGAGAAGGAGAGAAAGAAGCUGGCCAGGACUGCCAGCCCAGAGAAGAAACAAGAGGUGGUGGAGAAGCCAGCAGUGGAAGAGACCAAGGAGGAGAAAAUUGAACUGAAAUCUAUUACUGCUGAUGGAGAGUCCCCACCCACCACCAAGAUCAACAUGGAUGACCUCCAGCCCAAUGAAAAUGAGGAUAAGAGUCCCUACCCCAACCCAGAAAAUACAGGAGAAGAGGAUGAGGAGGAGCCUGAGAUGCCUGUGGGCCCCCGCCCCCGCCCACUCUCGGAGCUGCACCUGAAGGAAAAGGCAGUGCCCAUGCCAGAAGCCAGUGCAUUUUUCAUCUUCAGCCCCAACAACAGAUUUCGCCUCCAGUGUCACCGCAUUGUCAAUGACACGAUCUUCACCAACCUGAUCCUCUUCUUCAUUCUGCUCAGCAGCAUUUCCCUGGCGGCUGAGGACCCCGUCCAGCACACCUCCUUCAGGAACCAUAUUCUGUUUUAUUUUGACAUUGUUUUCACUACCAUUUUCACCAUUGAAAUUGCUCUGAAGAUGACUGCUUAUGGGGCUUUCCUACACAAGGGCUCUUUUUGCCGAAACUACUUCAACAUCUUGGACCUGCUGGUGGUCAGCGUGUCCCUCAUUUCCUUUGGGAUCCAGUCCAGUGCAAUCAAUGUGGUGAAGAUCUUGCGAGUCCUGAGAGUCCUCAGGCCCCUGAGGGCCAUCAACAGGGCCAAGGGGCUAAAGCACGUGGUUCAGUGCGUGUUCGUUGCUAUCCGGACCAUCGGGAACAUUGUGAUUGUCACCACGCUGCUUCAGUUCAUGUUCGCCUGCAUCGGUGUGCAGCUUUUCAAGGGAAAGCUCUACACCUGCUCAGAUAGUUCCAAACAGACUGAGGCAGAAUGCAAGGGUAACUACAUCACAUACAAAGAUGGGGAGGUCGAUCACCCUAUCAUCCAACCCCGCAGCUGGGAGAACAGCAAGUUUGACUUUGACAACGUUCUGGCAGCCAUGAUGGCCCUCUUUACUGUCUCUACCUUUGAGGGAUGGCCAGAGCUGCUGUACCGCUCCAUCGACUCCCACACAGAAGACAAGGGCCCCAUCUACAACUACCGUGUGGAGAUCUCCAUCUUUUUCAUCAUCUACAUCAUCAUCAUUGCCUUCUUCAUGAUGAACAUCUUCGUGGGUUUCGUCAUCGUCACCUUCCAGGAGCAGGGGGAGCAGGAAUACAAGAACUGUGAGCUGGACAAGAACCAGCGACAAUGCGUGGAAUAUGCCCUCAAGGCCCGGCCCCUGCGGAGGUAUAUCCCCAAGAACCAGCACCAGUACAAAGUGUGGUACGUGGUCAACUCCACCUACUUUGAAUACCUGAUGUUCGUCCUCAUCCUUCUCAACACCAUCUGCUUGGCCAUGCAGCACUAUGGCCAGAGCUGCCUCUUCAAAAUUGCCAUGAACAUCCUCAACAUGCUCUUCACUGGCCUCUUCACCGUGGAGAUGAUUCUGAAGCUCAUUGCCUUCAAACCCAAGGGUUACUUUAGUGAUCCCUGGAAUGUUUUUGACUUCCUCAUCGUAAUUGGCAGCAUAAUUGACGUCAUUCUCAGUGAAACUAAUCACUAUUUCUGUGAUGCAUGGAAUACAUUUGACGCCUUGAUUGUUGUGGGUAGCAUUGUUGAUAUAGCAAUCACCGAGGUAAACCCAGCUGAACAUACCCAAUGCUCUCCCUUUAUGAACGCAGAGGAGAACUCCCGCAUCUCCAUCACCUUCUUCCGCCUCUUCCGGGUCAUGCGCCUGGUCAAACUGCUGAGCCGAGGGGAGGGCAUCCGGACCUUGCUGUGGACCUUCAUCAAGUCCUUCCAGGCCCUGCCCUAUGUGGCUCUUCUGAUAGUGAUGCUGUUCUUCAUCUACGCAGUGAUCGGGAUGCAGGUGUUUGGGAAAAUUGCCCUGAAUGACACCACAGAGAUCAACCGGAACAACAACUUCCAGACCUUUCCCCAAGCUGUGCUGCUUCUCUUCAGGUGUGCCACAGGGGAGGCAUGGCAGGAUAUCAUGCUGGCCUGCAUGCCAGGAAAGAAGUGUGCCCCCGAGUCGGAGCCCGGCAACAGCACAGAAGGUGAAACUCCCUGUGGCAGCAGCUUCGCGGUCUUCUACUUCAUCAGCUUCUACAUGCUCUGUGCCUUCCUGAUCAUCAACCUCUUUGUAGCUGUCAUCAUGGACAACUUUGACUACCUGACAAGGGACUGGUCAAUUCUUGGUCCCCAUCAUCUGGAUGAAUUUAAAAGAAUCUGGGCAGAGUAUGAUCCUGAAGCCAAGGGUCGGAUCAAACACCUGGAUGUGGUGACCCUGCUCAGGCGGAUUCAGCCCCCACUGGGUUUUGGGAAGCUAUGCCCUCACCGCGUGGCUUGCAAACGCCUGGUCUCCAUGAACAUGCCUCUGAACAGUGAUGGGACAGUCAUGUUCAAUGCUACCCUGUUUGCCCUGGUCCGGACAGCCCUGCGGAUUAAAACAGAAGGGAACCUAGAACAAGCCAAUGAGGAACUGCGGGCCAUAAUCAAGAAGAUCUGGAAGCGGACCAGCAUGAAGCUGCUGGACCAAGUGGUGCCCCCAGCGGGUGAUGAUGAGGUCACAGUUGGCAAGUUUUAUGCUACUUUCCUGAUCCAAGAGUACUUCCGGAAAUUCAAGAAGCGCAAAGAGCAGGGCCUGGUGGGCAAACCCUCCCAGAGGAACGCCCUAUCCCUGCAGGCUGGCUUGCGCACGCUGCAUGACAUCGGGCCUGAGAUCCGACGGGCCAUUUCUGGAGAUCUGACGGCUGAGGAGGAGUUGGACAAGGCCAUGAAGGAGGCUGUGUCUGCUGCCUCUGAAGAUGACAUCUUCCGGAGGGCCGGUGGCCUGUUCGGCAACCACGUCAGCUACUACCAAAGUGACGGCCGGAGCGCCUUCCCCCAGACCUUCACCACCCAGCGCCCACUGCACAUCAACAAGGCGGCUAACAGCCAAGGCGACACCGAGUCGCCAUCCCACGAGAAACUGGUGGACUCCACUUUCACCCCCAGCAGCUACUCAUCCACUGGCUCCAACGCCAACAUCAACAAUGCCAACAACACUGCCCUGGGCCGCUUCCCCCGCCCCGCUGGCUACCCCAGCGCAGUCAGCACCGUGGAGGGCCACGGGCCCCCCUUGUCUCCUGCCGUCCGGGUACAGGAGGCCGCAUGGAAGCUCAGCUCCAAGAGGUGCCACUCCCGGGAGAGCCAGAUCGCCAUGGUGUGUCAGGAGGAGGUCUCUCAGGACGAGACCUAUGAGGUGAAGCUGAGCGAGGACACAGAGUACUGCAGCGAGCCCAACCUGAUCUCUACAGAGCUGCUCUCCUAUCAGGAUGAUGAAAACCGGCAAUUAACACCGCCUGAGGAGGACAAGAGAGACAUCCGGCAAUCUCCAAAGAGGGGUUUCCUCCGCUCUGCCUCACUAGGUCGAAGGGCCUCCUUCCACCUGGAAUGUCUAAAGCGACAGAAGAAUCAAGGCGGAGACAUCUCUCAGAAGACAGUCCUGCCCUUGCAUCUGGUUCAUCAUCAGGCAUUGGCAGUGGCGGGCCUGAGCCCCCUCCUCCAGAGAAGCCAUUCACCGAGCACGUUCCCCAGGCCGUGCGCCACGCCCCCAGCCACACCCGGCAGUCAAGGCUGGCCCCCGCAGCCCAUCCCCACCCUGCGGCUGGAGGGGGCCGAGUCCAGCGAGAAACUCAACAGCAGCUUCCCGACCAUCCACUGCAGCUCCUGGUCCGGGGAGCCCGCGCCCUGCGGUGGGGGCAGCAGCGCCCUGCGGAGAGCCCGGCCGGUGUCCCUCACUGUGCCCAGCCAGGCUGGGGCCCGGGGCCGGCCGUUCUACGGCAGUGCCAGCAGCCUGGUGGGAGCGGUCUUGAUUUCAGAAGGACUGGGGCAGUUUGCUCAAGAUCCCAAGUUUAUCGAGGUCACAACCCAGGAGCUGGCUGACGCAUGUGACAUGACCAUAGAGGAGAUGGAGAACGCCGCUGACAACAUCCUCAGUGGGGGCGCCCAGCAGAGCCCCAACGGCACCCUACUACCUUUUGUUAACUGCAGGGACCCAGGGCAGGACAGAGCGGGGGGCCAAGAGGGCGAGAGCUGCACUGGGGCUCGGGCGUGUCGGAAGAGCGAGGAGGAGCGCCAGGACAGCAGAGCCCACGCCGGCAGCCUGUAGUUGCUCGGGCUGGGGAGACGCUGGGUUUUUUAUUUGUUUCAAUGUUCCUAAUGGGUUCGUUUCAGAAGUGCCUCACUGUUCUCGUGACCUGGAGUUAACCGGAACAGCGUCUUCAUUCAUUUCGUUGGGACAAGACGCAGAGUUGGGUGGUGUGCAGAGUCUGUUUUCCGGGGGGAAAGAAGGCAGCAACCCCAGUUAGUGUUGUGUCCACAGAGGUAGAGUGGUGAGGAGGAGUGGAAGGAUCAGGGAGAGAGAGAAAGAGAAGAGACGCCUGCCCUCCCCUCCGGGCAUGAAGGAGAACCUCAGCUUCCUGCGGUAGCCCUCACCAAAAGGACCCUAUGUCAAACGGGUGUCUUUCAACUUUGCUUGUAAAAAAAAAAAAAAAAAUCAUUUUGCACAUAUUCUGUAUGAGCCUCACUGUCUCCAUAGAGCCAGGGCCCUGUGGAUUUGCAGAAGGAAGAAGGGUGUGACUUCAGCGAGGACCCAGCAGCAUCCUGGAAAGUGAAGAGUGAAGCAAGAGGCGGCGGCAGGAGUUCAGGAACCCCAACGGGGAGAGGAGUGCCACCGGCGGGUGGCAGCCUCAAGGCCAAGGCUCAGUGGCCACCGCCUCCCCCCACCCACCCGUCUGUGUCAGUAUCCCGGUACCUGCACAGGCCCACCGAGCUCCAGACCUGCGGCUAGGCCUACUUCGGGCGAGGGUGCGCUGGCACUGCCUGCCAGGGAAGGAGCAGCCCGCCCUUGACUAGACGAGGUGGUGCUGAGCUUCUGUUGAGCGCUCUUUUGUUUUGCGGUUUGACGUUUUUCUUGAUAGCAUGUUGCAGUUUUGGUUUUUUGUUUUUGGGAGGGGUUUGUUUGUUUGUUUUGGUUUCAUUUUAAUUUUGUUUUCCCAGGGGGAGGGGAGGAAGAAGUGUUUAAAAAGCUUUGUAGCCACCCACCUUACUGUUUUCACCUUUGCAACUGUAAAUCAGGUUUGGUUUUACUGAUUAUUUAAACGGUUGUGGUUUUCUUUUCCUAUGGUAGGUUCAGUGGAGGUGCCGUAGACAAGUUUUACCAGCCAUUGUGUUAUGCGCAAUAAUGUGUUAUAAUUUCCGUAGGUAGUAACAAAAAUUUUUUUGGUUUGGUUUUAUAAUUUAAAGGUAAUGCACUUGAUAUGGUCUUGCACAUAUGGGUGAUUGAGUUGGGUUCUUUUUAAUGUGGGGUGUAUUUCCGGGUGCCAGAGAGAGGAAGCUUGGAUGAGAGAGUCUGAGUGUGUGUGUUUGUGUGUGUGUGGUGGGUUGUCUGGGCACCUGUCAUCUGUGUGUAUGUACACCUACACAGUACGCCCAUGCAUGAAUGAGUGUGUAGCUCCCCCUUUCUGGUCUAACUGUGGGGAGAUCUGAAUCUGGGGCCAUUUGAAAGCAAAAACAAACCACUGUCUCUGCUUCUGAAAUGGGAAUCAGUAACUCUUUGCAUUUUCUGUCCCACAAGAUAUGCAAAAACAAUGCAAUAAUAUUCAUUUUAAAAAUACAAUUGUGCGUUGUGUUGGCAUUAAAACUGUAUUUUAAAAAAAACACACACAGAGAAAUUUAAGGGAAAAACUCAAGAAGGCGUUUUGCUUCGAUAUAUUCCGUGUAAUGUUUUAUUGCAUUGAUAAUGUUUCUGUUGAAGAAACUGUUAUACUUGAAUUCAGGUCAGUUUCAGUAUUUUACAAAUAUUUUUUUUAAAACUGAAUUGCAAUUGUGCCAAGCGAAUAUAAUGAAUUGAAUUAAGUUUGUUUUUGAAUUCACUUCUUGUAUAUUUUGCUGCAUGUAAGUAAAUCAUUUUGUAUUUGGAGUGUAUUUGGACAAGCUUUACCCUUGAACUCUGAAGUGCUUUUCUAUAUGUGGUUGGGGGAAAGGGAACGGAUAUUCUUUUAAUUUGUACAAUGAGCAAAAGCAUCACCAGUGUAAAUCAUUAUUCUGCGAUCCACAAACAGGUUUGGACAUUAUUGUUUUGCAUAUCUUGUGUUCGCUUCUGUUUCCCUCCAUUUUUCCAAAACUAUAUGAUAAGUAUAUUCAUACUACGCCUUGCUUUGAGAGACCAGGACAUGUCUUAUUCCUGUCUUCAUUCUAUCCACUCUGCUCCAGUUCUCUGAUUUGGACUUUGUCUAGGGGCAGUCCUGCACCAUGAGCAUCAACAUCCCCCACAGGACAGGUGGCUGGCUUUUCUGUCCACUUCCACAAACUUUCCUCAGUGGUUUCCUCAGAAAAGCAUACACUGACUGAGAGGAUGGAACUAGAGUCGGGCUGCCUAGAGGGCAGGGAACCCUCCUUCUGGCAAGUGCUCUACCCAAGCUCAGACAGCAGGGGCCAGAGAACAGCCACCAGGUAAAACCUUUGUCCAUCCAAAAGUCAGCUCUGUCUUACUUCCUCUUUUCCUGGCUCUGAAGCAGGAUUUCCUCCAGAUCUAUCCUAAUGUGUGUGGCAGCCAUGGAGGGGACCAGGACCAGGGAGGAUCCAUUAGAGGGUCACAGUGAUAGUGGAACUAGAGACUCUGUGGGAGCAUCUCUUAUACCUGGUUACAUUUGCCUAGAACAUCAGCUUAUCAGUGCUGUUUCCUUCAGAUAGAUUCAACAGUGAUGGUUGAAAAGGAAGUCAUUUGGGGAAAACAGACCCAAACAUUCAUCCAGGAUUUAACCAGAAUUUAACCAGACUGGAAUGUCUUCCAUUCCCGGUGCACUCUCAGCCCUUAUGUGAGCAACCUAGGAAUUAAAAGUUGGGGAAAGUCUAUUCCCCAGUGAAGGCGAGUCUCACUUUCAAGGACUGAUCCAUAAAAAAGUGGAGAAACAUGCCAGAUACUCCCAGGUUAACUUACUACAAUCGAGAAGCAGGAGGGUUUCUUCCUGUUUCUCCAAGCCCAACCCAUCCAAACCUUCCUAGUUUCUUUUCAGUGCCAUGAAGGCAUUCUAGAGUAUCCUCUGUCCAGUUUCCCAAGAUGUGUACUAGUGUGCUGCUAAGAUUUUAGUUGUGAUGGAGAGGGGAGCCCUUUUGGAUUGAUUAUCUAGUUCUUGCUGUACAUUUGGUCCCUGGAUAGGAAUUUGGACUCUUAACUGACCACACACACACACCCAACACACUCACACACCCACUCAAUCUUCAUGCUGCUUUCUUUUUCCUUUUGGGCUUGUCUUCUGCAUCACCAGAUCUCAUUGGCCAGUGGCAUGGGCAACCCCUAGAGCCCUGCCUGUGUGUGGCCCCUUGCCCUUCACCACUCACAUUUACAGGGUCCCUACUUCUUCCUAGCCAGCUCUGUCAGAAGACCGGCUAGCCUUGCACCCUACACGGACAAUGUCAGCAGUGACAGGAGCACCUGGCCCCAUGCGACUGGGAAGGAAAGGAGUUUCAGACGGAGGUUCCCCGUGUAGGGUGAUGGGUAUUUCUGGCCUGACCUCAUGACUGACUGGAAGAGGACUGACAUAGGAGACCUGUCAUCAUGCAGACUGGUAAAAUCCAUCAUGAAAUCAUGAACCUCCUCCGCCGUGUACUAAGUGACGUCUACCCCCCAUCUAGAGCAGAACUUUGCCCAUGACUGUCAAAUCUUCUGAGAACCCUUGAGUGGCAAGAGAAAGCAGCCAAUGGCUGAGGACCAACAGGACUUGAAGAAAUGCUGUGUAAGUUCUGGGGGUUGAUAAACAUGGUAUUUAUCUAUCCUCUGAAUGGCCCAGACUCUUCUAUUUCCAAACUUUGGCUUUCUAAUAACUAGUGACAUGCCUGGCUAUUUUAAGCAGAGAGAUUCUCAGUUGUCUUCUUUCUGCCUGUUUCUAGAAGUUUCUUUUUGGUCUUGAGGCAAAAAGAGGAGAAUUUUUUCCUAUAUUUUGCUUGUUUCGUGAAUUUUUCUCUGCUCUGCUUUAGAGGCUAUUAUAGUCCCCCUGCCCCAAACUUUCUGACUCUGACUAGGAGGUCCAAGGACAAAGGAACAAGGCUUCCUUACCAUCUUGAUCCUGUGACCCUUCUUCCAAACCUCAGGAGCUUGUCUAGAGUGAAUUAUUGGUUUCUCACAGCCAUUUUCCUUCCAGAACAUCUCCUGAUCAUUCAGCUAUAUAUAGUAAGGCAAACACAGGAGAAGGAUACUUUCCAAUGCCUGAGAAAUAAGAAAACCCUGAAAAUGAAGAGUCUGGAAGUCAUCAAAAGGGUUUCAUCUUUCCUAAAGGUCAAGACAUGUAACAAGAAGCUAGUUUAGCCAUUCAGAAUAACCCUGGUAGUCACAUUUUUAGCCUCAUCAAACCAUAAUUAUAAAUGUUGGUAAGGAGGGUGAAGGCAUCUUCAUCCUGAGGGACCUAGAGUUGUCUAAGAGUUAGAAACCAUUUAGCAAAGAGGCCAGAAAAGGGCAAUCUGGUUUCAAGAGGACUUCUUUAAGCCUCAAUUUAGUAAAACACGUACUUGCUGCUAAGCGUGCAGGCCAGUUCGCUUAUUGUAAAGACAUGGCUCUGGUCAGGGGAAACUGUCGGCACAGAGGGAACUGCAGGGACAGUGCAGGCAACGCAAAGGGCAUGUCUUGACUCUUGUGCAGCUGUUCCUGUUUUGUGGAAAUGACCAGUACAGAGGAGAGGCUAAUGCCUCAGGCAUCAACUUUGGAAAAAGAGAAGAAUGAAAUUUCAAUCAUUGUUUUACCAGACAAAUUAACCUAUCUGGCUAGAUGGGGAAUAGCUGCCACCCUGUUUUUCCUCCCUGCUAGUGUUCUCUCCUCACAUUAGCUGGCAGGCCACCUAAAAUCAGCUCCAGCUAGUCAGAAGGCAUGAUGGGAAACCUAAUGUCGCUCACAGUGAAGCUCUUAGUCACCACAUCCAGGCUCCGCAUCCGCUCCCUCGGAGGAGACUCAAGGAAAAGAGACAAGGGACCAUGUCACUACAACAGAUAUGGGAUCAUUAUCCCCUUCCCCAAGCCAUUCUCUCUACUCCAGCCUCCUGCCUGGCCCCCACUUUCCUUCCUCCCCCAAUCCAAUCAAAAGAACAGAGGGUUGAAAGGAGUCCAAUGUGCAGAUUCUUAACAGUUUCUUUGUGAAUCUAGUUCUGGUUUUAACUCUUUUUUUUUUUUUUUUUUAAUUUCGAAACAAUGAACCAUUGCUUUGUGAAGCCAGAUACCAAUGUAACAGGUGGUUUCUGCCAGACUCCCACAUGGUUGGGAGACACUUGAACAUCACACAUGCACAUACACACUUUCAUCCUCAUGCACACACAGGCACACACAUACACUUCCUUAAGGGAUGGGGCUAGUGCUGGGGUUGAGCUCUGCACAAAUGAGGUUUUCCUCCCAGAGGGCUGAGCACUAUACAGAGAGACGUGGGGAGUGAAGCAGAGUAACCUCCUGUGGUAGAAUUUAGUGUCAUCUAACCCUAUUAUUACUGUGAUCUAAAUAUUAUUUAUCUGCAUUGAGAAAUACAACCACUUCUGCAAGCAGACUUCUCCCUCACGUGAUUUCCAGAGACUCCUCCAGAGAAGAUGCAGUAGUGAAGGCUCUUCAUCUCUCCAGUGUACUAGAAAAGCCUUUUGGUUGGUCUCUGGAAGGGAAUUAGAGAUUGCUAGCAGCAUAUAUUGAGCUGAGUUGAACAAAUCAAUUCAACACUGAAAGUGGAGUCAGAGUCGGGACUUCCACAGAAAUCCCCUCUCUCUCUACUGAAUUAAGACAAAGACUAGAUAAUUAAACAAAAGCUUGAAAUGUUACAUCACCCAAGUCAAAUAUUCUCCCUUCAGAUCACAUGCUGUCCUCCUCAUAGCUGUCCUCUCUCUGAGGGGACAUCCCAUGCACCCCACUUUCCAGAAUCUACUAGAUUUGAUCAAAUCUACUGAUUUGAUAAAAUCCUACUGUUUUGAAAGAAUUCCAGCAUGACAUUUAAUCUCCCAUAAAUCAGACAUUUCCUACAAAUUUGCCAUCUAAAAAUUACUUGUGUACUUCAUACAUAGGAAUGUUUCACCUAGGUCAUUAUCAAAGAAGUCUCUUGGUGGAAGAGGUUGUACGUCUUAAGGAAGGGUCAUUUCGAUGUUGAAGAAAUACAGAAAUGGACAGGAUGGUUCUUUUUUUCAGUUCGAGCCUGGAGAACUCUUGUUCUGAUGUUCAUGGAGCCCUCAAGCGUAUAAGCAGAGGGAUGAGGAAGAUGACAGUGAGCGGGCAACCAGCCUUGGCAUUGAGUAACAGCCAAGGCUGGCUGAAGGCUGCAGAUCUCAGACACUCUGCCGGAAGUCUCCCCUGAGCCUGUCACUGGGAGGGGAACAAGAAGGCUCCCUUCUAUAGAGUCAUAGGAAGAACAAAAGAGGAACAGGUCACUGAGUCCUGUUCCAAGCCUCCUCCCCCUAAGAUUUCCCAACAUGGAGAAAUGACAUCAAGGCUUAAAAGAAGAAGAAAAAAAAAAACUUGGGAAGGAGCGUUGACAGUUGUAAACAAACAACCUUGUGCAAAGGGCUCCUUCAUAAGGCCACUCCAGUGACUCAAAUGUUACGGGCACUUUUCCACUUGCACAUGUCACACCACCCACGCAUCAGAGCUGCAUCCCAUUCUCCCAAAUUCGUAAUCCACCUCUUGGUUUCUCAACAAGGUUAUGCACUACCCCAUAGCCACUUCCUGUCCCGCCCAGAAUAUGUGCUGUUCUCCCAGAGCUUCAUGGGAAUAAGGUCUAGAACCAAACAGGCCAUGGAUAUCAAAGGCAUAAACAAAUCUGGACACGUCCAUUACGGUAGUAGUCGAGAAAACCUGUGGAGAAACACAAGUUCGUUAAGAAAUAGGGUGGCAGGUCCCCAGCUGGUGACGCACUAGAAUGUCUAUUACUCUCAUAAUCUGCUUGUUUUAUUUUAAUACCCUAGAGCUGCCAAGCAGAACUUGGGUCCCCGUCAGAGGCUCCAGAAACAGCCCCUCCUCCCUUCUUUCCUCAUGUCCUCCUGCUCAGGCCCAACUUCAUGCCCCCAAACCAGUCUGUAUCAUGCUUGCCCUCAGCGCAAUGCAGAAAGAUGGACAGUCCUCCAUCGUCAUCCCACUGUCUGUCACCACUCCCACACCCUUGCACACCCCACACCUCCCUCUCCAGGCUCCACGACUUCAUGGUCUUACUGUUGUAAAUACUAUUGUACAGUUUGUAAUCAUCAAAUAAUCCCGUUGUCAAAGGCCUCGCCUGCUGCGCCUUCUCGCCCUCGAGAAAGGCCAGGGAAUCUAGAAGGGGUAACCUUUCGAGAGGAGCUUCAGGGUCAUCUCUGUGUGAGACGCUAUGUAUAUUCCUGUAAGAUUGCAUUUUUAUCUAAGGAAUGAUGUUAUUUAAAAAACAAAAAACAAACAAAAAAAAACAAAAACAAAAAACAAGAAUUGCAAAUAAAUUUCUUAACAAUGUCUA